GGCGUAAUACAUGAUGCUAACAUAUCAACCACGCUUUCUUGAGCUCUCUCUCUCUCUCGGGGUAUUUCGAGGCGUGGGAUUUGAAUGAAGCUAGAGCUAGAACUUUUCCCUCGACGCUAAAAACGCGACAUUUUCCGCUCCAUACAGACAACGCCUUCUACCCGUUCUUCCCAGGGCCGCUGUGUUCCUGAAAAUUGAAAACCCAUUAGCCAUUCCAUGCUCAGAACUCUAACCCGGAACAUUUCCCAGCUGUUGCCGGAAACACAUAACUAUUUGACCAAAACGACGUGUUACGAGCAAGUCAAGGCGAAACUAGCAACGACGUCGUUUUUUCAACUUUAGCUUAUUUCUGAGGUUUCAAUUCAGGCGAAGAAUGGCAGAUCUCAUUCCAUAUGUCCGGGAUCCCCUUUCCAUACCAAGUCAAGAAAUAUAAAGAUGCAGUCGAACAAAAUUUACUCAAACAGUUGAGCACUAGUUCCAGUAUGUGGAAUGCUUGAAAAUGAAGAGUAUAUAAUUAGUCAAGGAGCAGUUACUGUAUGUGACACAGAAAAAGAUAGUUUCUUCAAGUGGUAUUUCUAUAAGAAUGGUGGCAAUUAAUUUUCGCUCGUUGCUCCUGUUCUCGGCAUUUCUUCGUAUCUUUUUAAUUAUGUAUGGAGAAUGGCAAGACAACCAUAUGGAUGUUAGAUACACUGAUGUUGACUACCUUGUCUUCUCUGAUGCUGCUUCUUUAAUGGCAUCGGGAAGGUCUCCGUAUGAAAGAUCGACAUAUCGCUAUUCACCUCUCAUAGCAUUUUUCCUUAUCCCGAAUUCCUUUAUACAUCCUUCAUGGGGAAAGUUUCUCUUCUCAGCUUCAGAUCUACUUGUCGGUUUGUUUAUACAUGCCAUUUUGAAGCUACGUGGGGUUCCUGAAAAACUGUGCACCUAUGCAAGCAUGGUAUGGCUUUUUAACCCAUUCACCUUUACCAUUGGAACUCGUGGGAACUGUGAGCCCAUUGUUUGUGCCAUGAUCCUGUGGAUCAUUCACUGUCUCAUGAAUGGUAACGUAUGUCAAGCUGCAGUCUGGUAUGGACUUGUUGUCCACCUGAGAAUCUAUCCCAUAAUUUAUGCACUUCCAAUAAUCUUGAUGCUUGAUCCUCUUUGCUUCAAAUUUGGGAAGAAGCCUAACCUUAUAUCUUGGGUUCCUGGGGGAAAACAGUUCUCCCAGAGCUCAUUCAGCACCAAAGUUACUGAUCAAAACUCUAUUUGGUUAAUUGUGACGAGUUUGUUUACAUGGAGGAGAAUUGUCUUUGGUCUGCUUUCUGGAUUUAUGUUCUUCAUCUGUACUGGAUUUGCUUUUUAUUUGUAUGGCUGGCAGUUCUUGCAUGAAGCACUGCUAUAUCAUCUCACACGCACAGACCCAAGACACAACUUCUCUAUAUACUUUUACCAUCUAUAUCUCCAUUAUGAACGUGAAUUUACUACCACGGAAAAGCUCAUUUCAUUUCUUCCCCAAAUUAUAGUGCAGUUGGUACUCAUUUUCCAAUUUUCACAGGAUUUUCCAUUCUGUUUCUUUGUCCAGACACUUGCUUUUGUGGCAUUCAAUAAGGUCAUGACAGCACAAUACUUUGUCUGGUUCUUCUGUCUGUUGCCUCUCAUAUUGCCAUGGAGUAAUAUGAAGCUUAAAUGGAAAGGCUUAGCCAGCACUCUGUUGUGGAUGGGAGCUCAAACCCAUUGGCUGAUGUGGGGUUACUUGCUUGAGUUCAAAGGCAAGAACGUCUUCAUGCAGCUCUGGUUGGCGAGUGUGUUGUUCUUGGCUGCUAAUACUUUUGUUCUAAUCAGCAUCAUUCGCCACCAUAGAUACUCUUCCGUAUUCAGACGAGUGGAGCUUGCAGCUUCUGAAAAACCUGGAAAGAGCGAUUGAGUAAAAAUCAGAUUUAGAGAACCCUGCUAGGUUUUCUUUAUGGUAUCAAAUUCUGAAGGGCAAGAUCUGAACCUGAUACUUGGCAGUACGAGCAUUAGAUCUCGACGUGUUAAUUUGCAAUGGGGAUAAAUACUCUUAUACUUCUUGCUUAGUUUUCUCUAGCAAACUGACAAAUAGCUGAAAUAGGCUCCCGUUUCCUUUUUGUUGCUAACAGAUGUAAAACAAGAUUUUUUGAGUUUGAGAAGUGGCAGUGUUAUGAUGAUCUUGUGCUUCA